UGGGCUCAAUCGGUGCAAGCGCAAUUCUAUUUGUGAUGCAUCUAGCGGAUGGAAGCCAAUUCCAAAGAGCUCCUGCUAACAAACAUGUCCGCGGGUGAUCCUUCGGGCGAGGAGUUGUUAACGCAGAAUCAGGCUGAAGUGCCCGAGGGCGAGGAAGUGGGCGGGGCAGGUGGUGAGAUCCCGUGGGCCGCUCUGUGCAUCUGUAUCGUUGUUGCGUGGUUGUUGAUCGCAGUGGUGGUCGCAGUUGGACUGACUACAGGCGCUGGCGCCGCUGCAGGAUGGGGCAUGGCCCCCCUCUCCAUGCUGUUUGUGCUGAUUGUGACGUGCACGGGUUGCGGUCUGAACGGCAGGAACGUGGCAGAGUUGCCGCCGAGCCAGACGCCGCGAAUUCCAUGGCUGGAUAAUGCCAAGACGUUCCUCAUAUGUUGUGUGGUACUGGGCCACACUGGUAUGGCUUUCGCCGUGCAAGGUGCUGGCAUCACUUUCUCUUCGGGCCGAAACACUUGGUUCAUGCCCGCGGCCUUCGCUGGCCUCGUGCUUUUGAAACCGCUGGUUGUGCCGCUCUUCUUCUUUAUCUCUGGCUUCUUCGCGGCUUCUGGCCUUGACAAAAAAGGUCCUCAGGGCUUCAUGAGGGCAAACUUAACACGACUGGGCCCCGCAUAUUUCUUGUUCUGGCUCUUCCUCAAUCCCCUCCUGUAUUACAUGGCAUAUGCUCUCGUUCGCCCUACUGAUGGAUCAUAUUCGUACUUCCCCAAUUCAGCUCACACUUGGUUCUUAAAUUGGCUGCUCGUAUUUCAGUGUUGCUAUGCGCUGGUCGGUGGCCCCAAGGUUCGCAUGGAAGUGCCAAGCUUUGCCCGUUUCUUCUGCUGGUCAAUCGGGCUCGCAAUUAUGCAGCUGGCGGCUUGCGUGGCCUUAGCGGUCGGUGGCUCCUCUCUUGGUUUCGCGGAGGGCCCAAUGAUGAGUGGGGGAGACGGCUUUUGGUGUGGCGCCACGUUCGCCGCGGGCAUAGUGGCGCAGAGGAACGACUGGCUCGUGAAUCGCUUGCCUCAGCGUUUGGUAGUGUUGUCGCGCAUAUAUGUUACUGUCAUGGUGCUCGUGGUAAUACUCGUCUCUGUCACCGUUAUCUCGCCACUGGCCCUCCUGGGGACGGAGGAGAGCACUUUCUUGAUUGUUGCGCUGCUGCUGCAGAUUCCCAGUGGGCCUUACCUUCCAUACCUUCUAGUGACAGUCGUCGACUUAUUCCAGAAGCACGGGGGCUGUGACACCUCCGUCACUAGGUUCAUGGCCCAAGGUGCUUUCGCGGUGUAUUUAUUGCAUUAUUUUGUGGUCAACAUAUACACCUACACGUGGGCAGAAGUGCUCAAGGGUCCUCUAGACACGCCGAUCGUGUUUGUUAAUUCGACUGCUACCGAAUCAGAAGUUGGUGGCGGAUAUAUCUGUCUCGGAUUCGUCUACGUGAGCACUCUGAGCAUCAUUACUUCUUUUGCCAUUGCUGGCUUCUUGAAAGUAAUCCCUGGGGUAAAGCACCUACUCUGACCGAAACGGAUAACUUUGAAUGUCCGCAAGCCCCUGGCUCGGCCCAGUGCGCACGCGCGCGCGCAUGUUCCUCUUGCCAUGCGACCGCUCUCUCUUCCUCAUUUUCCGCAAGAGCUCUUCCGUGUCUUCGGUGGCCUCAGCUUGAUGCACGCCCAGUUCUUUCUGAGUUCCCUUCGACGUGUUGGAAAACGUGCCAUCUCCAGCGGUUGGGCUCUUGCAGGGCUGCUGCGCGACUCCCAAGCGCAUCUGGCGCAGAGUUUUGACAGUGGCAUCAUUUUGCAAGGCACUAGGGUUUCAUGCUGGCUCAAGAAGGCCUCACGCUGGCUCGAGAAGGCUUCACGCUGGGUCCAGAAGGCUUCACGCUGGCUCCAGAAGACCUGGCGUGAAGAAGUGGCGAACAGAACCAGCG